UUGGCUACAGCAACAUCUAAAUUCUCUCUGGAUUUGUACAACAAAUUUUCCAUCAAAAAUAAGAACUUGAUCAUCUCCCCCUUCAGCGUCUUCACUGCCUUGGCGAUGGUCUCUCUUGGGUCCAAAGGACAGACGAUGGACGAGAUCUACAAAACCUUGAACAUCCAGCAUCUUGGCGAUGAUGUCCACCAAGCCUUCCAUUACUACACUAGCUUAUUGCAAGGCUUGACAAACGUGACUUUGAACAAUGCCAAUGGUAUGUUCGUGAAACCAGGAACGCAACUCUUACCAGAAUUCUCCAACAAAAUGAAACAGUUCUACGAUGCCAAAGUUCAAGAAUUCGAUUUCAGCAAUCCCAAGGGCCCAGAGGCUCCAAUAAACGACUGGGUGUCCAAGCAAACGGCUGGAAUGAUCAAGGAUUUCUUGAAACCGGGAAGUGUCGAUGGAAACACUAUUAUGUGGUUGAUCAACGCCAUCUAUUUCAAAGGCACCUGGAAGAAUAUCUUUAAUGAACGAUUGACCAGAAAGCAGAAAUUCCACGUAUCCAAGACAACUCAAGUAGAUGUGGACAUGAUGACGCUCAGUGAGAAGAUGUUUAGGUAUAAGAGACUGGAUAACCUUAAAACAACUGUCAUGGAACUCCCCUACGUUGGAGAUAGAUACAGCAUGUACAUUCUACUUCCGGAUGAUAUUGAAGGGUUAUCUACUCUUGAAUCAAGCCUAGAUGCCACCAGUUUGGAAUCAGCCUUGACUAGUAAGAACUCCCAUCUACUUUCAGGUAUGGAUAAAAUAACAAGGUUCAUCAUCACCAUGCCUAAAUUCUCAUUGGGAAGCAGCCUCAAGUUGAAUCAACCUCUACAAGACCUUGGCUUAAACAAAAUCUUUGAUGGGCGUCAAGCCGAUUUGUCGGGUAUUACUGGAAAACAGAAUCUAGUGGUAAACUCGGUCAUCCAGAAAGCUGUUAUUGACGUCACUGAAUCUGGAACUCGCGCAGCCGCAGUCACUGGUAUCGGCAUUGUCCUGACGUCGUCGGUUCAUCUACCACCACGUUAUCUCCGUAUUGAUCAUCCGUUUAUGUUUGCGAUCAGAGACAAGCAGACCAACACUAAUCUGUUCAUGGGAAGAUACACCGAUCCUAGAUCUGCAUAA